AAUUAAAAACAAUAAAAAGGAAAAGAAACAAAAAAACAACUUCAUCUACACACCACAUAUCUCUCUCCCGCCUAAUCCUCCGCGUUCCCCACCCGACGACGAGCCGGAUCUUUUCUUCUACUUGUGACUCAGCCGCGGACCAGCUUACUGGUUUAGACUGUUACUGUUAUCUAUGGCUUUCUCCUCCUUUAUCUCAGCCACUCCGCUCUCCGUUUCCGUCCCGAGAUAUUUAGUAGUGUCACCCACGCGCCGCCGUUUCCUCUUGCCGUUUGCAACUCUUGGCUCAUCAUCGUCUCCAGAGUCAUCGGCAUCGGCCCCUACCUCGAUCCCCGUCAACGGGACCACGUUGCCCAGUUCUUACGGAACAUCGGCUCCCAAGGAGGACAACAGCCCAGUUGCUCAGUUCUUUCGCUCCACCGAAUCCAACGUUGAGAGGAUUAUAUUUGAUUUCCGGUUCUUGGCGCUUUUGGCAGUAGGAGGUUCCUUGGCUGGUUCGCUACUCUGCUUCCUUAAUGGUUGUGUCUACAUCGUGGAGGCAUAUAAAGUCUAUUGGACUAACUGUGCCAAAGGCAUCCACACUGGCCAAAUGGUUUUACGCCUGGUCGAAGCUAUCGAUGUUUAUCUGGCUGGGACAGUUAUGCUGAUAUUUAGUAUGGGUUUGUAUGGACUCUUCAUCAGUCACUCGCCUCAAGAUAUCCCUCCGGAAGCUGAUCGUGCCCUUAAAUCCUCUUCUCUCUUUGGAAUGUUUGCCAUGAAGGAGAGACCUAAAUGGAUGAAGAUCAGCUCACUUGAUGAGCUGAAAACCAAAGUUGGACAUGUUAUUGUUAUGAUUCUUCUGGUGAAGAUGUUCGAGAGAAGCAAGAUGGUUACCAUCGCCACUGGUCUCGAUUUGCUCAGUUAUUCCGUUUGCAUCUUCUUGUCCUCUGCUUCUCUCUAUAUUCUCCAUAAUCUCCAUAAAGGAGAGCAGUAAGACCAUUUUGUAAUUCGAUAUACUCUAUUUGUACAGUAUGACCGUUAUACCAAUAUGUCUUUUAGUUGUAAUUUC